AUGUCGUCUUCUCAGCCGGCACGCAGGGUAGCGUCGGCCGCGCAAGACACGUCUCUCAGUUGUCCGUGCGUGUCCCGUGGCGACUCCGGUUUGUGGAAGACUGACAGCCUUCUCACAGGGGCCGCUGUGCACUCCUCAGCCCCGUUUUCUCAGUCAACCUGUUCAGCGUGUUGUGUGCAGUCCUACCCAGAGUCCAAUCAGUCUGACUUCCUGCCUGCGGCGUCCCUACCCCUUGGCUCUCUCCCCUCUCAGUUUGUUUCGGCAUCUGGCGGGUCUCCCAUGCACAAAGUAUCCAGCCUCAGUCAAGCUCAGAGGGGCGCUUCCUGCUCUCCUUCGUGGGGGCCGUGGCGCAGUUGCCGAUGCCUUUCUGUCAUGCGGAAGCUCCUUCAGACAGUUCCGUUACGCCACAUCUCUUUUGACUUGGAAAAAGAAGAGUGCUUUUUUUUAACAGGGAAGAAGCAGUCCUCCGGGCGGAGGAGAUCGCGAGGCGGGGGCUCCUUGAAGGCGGAGGUCGCUGCAGGAGAAAAAACCGGCAGCAGCCGCCGUGGCGAAGCGCCGGAGGCUCAACCGCCGGCUGGCGAGGCGACAGCAGGGCAUGGACACCCCGAUAACCCGCAUGCAGGCAAUUUCGAGUCUCGCGGGCUCUGGAGACUGCCAUAUCUCAUUCCGUUUGACUGCCUCGCUUUCACGCCUCUCUGCGCGCGUCCUGUGUGCACAUGCGCUUCAGACGCGGCUGGCGCGACUGCGCGCAACCGUGGAGAUGAGUCACACUCCGCAUCUUCGUUUGCUUCUCCUCCGACCCCUUCGUCCAGUCGAGUCUGUCCUUCGGGCUCUCCCUCCCCCUCCCCUCCUCACACUGCGCCGGGCUCGCGCGAGGACGCCUUGCCUCCGGCUCCUGCCUCAUCUUCAGAUGCCGGGCGAGCUCUUCAGGCUCAGUCUUCUUCGUCUGUCGCUCGCUCUUCUUCCGCCUCCCUGCAAGGCGCGUGCACGUCGUCCUCAGACGCUUCUCCUGCCUCUGGAGCCGCCUCCAGCCAUGGCGAGAGCGCGCCUCGCGUCUGUGCCGCGUGCGGUCUGCCAGACCUUCGGGACUGGUAUCCGUGUUACUAUCCGCUGAAUUCUGAGUGCGUCGGAGGCCGCUCUUUGUCGCGCGCGUCUGCAAGGGGCGACGCGCGCGGGAAGGACGAAGAUGAAGCUACCGACAACGGCGCACUCGGUGCGUUUGUCAAUGACGUUUUCGCGAGAGGGCAGCUGCGCGCGAGAGCUGGGGCCGAUGCGCUUCCUGGCUCAGGCACAGCCGAGCACGUCCAGGGGUGGCGCUCCCACGUCUCGCGGGGGGAAGAGGACGGCGGCGGGUCCGAGCCCCGCGAGGAGGAGGACUGGAAAGGGAAGAUCAUGGUGACGCCGAGCUGGGCGUACGCGUUUGAGAACUUCCCCACCGUGUUCGCGUGUCGAGAGCGAAAAAAGAAAGAUAAGAGCGGAGCCGUUGCGUGGAGAAUCACGCUUCUCAUCGAGUGUCUGGCGAGACCGGGCAGCUUCACGCCGCGCCUCCGGUCGACCGUGCAAGCUUCCUCGUUCGCCAGCGCCCUUCGCCAGGUCACCAAGCCGCGGCGCGGGGGUCACUUCCUUGCGGCAGCUGCCUUUGCCAAACGCUUCUUUCGGGAACAGGAAGGAGCUCUCUCCUCGCCUGAGAGGGAAACCCAGGCCGGGGAGGCCUGCGCGCCCUCUCGCUGCACGAAGCAGGCAGAAAGCCCCGAGGACGACGCCCGCGCCCAUCGCGCAGGCGACGAGGCUGCAAGCUGUGCAGAGCGAGAGAAGGAGACGCGAGGAGCUGGCACGCGGGACGCAUGCGCCGGCGGCACUGGCGUCAAGGCUGGCCCCCCCAGAACGAGGAGAGAGGCCGAAGCUGCUGUCCUCGCCGCGGCCAAGACGGCGAAGAAAGAAGUGCUCCUGCAGAACUUCCUGGAGUGGCAGUGCGACGACCCCUCUGCGUUGUUUCCUGUGCGCCUGCUUGUCUUCGCCUUGGGGCCCAAGGCCCCAGAGCAAGACAAACGCCCAGGGGACGCGGGGGGGACGGCGCCCGCCGCGACAGGAAAUCCCCGCGAGCCGUCACGGAACUCGAUCGGCUGGGCUCAGCCGUUUCGCGUGUGGUCUUCGGAACCUGACGGGUUCCUCUAUUCUCCGCCCGCCAAGGGUCGGCCGCCCUCGCCCGCGGCCCGCGAGGUCGGAGCACGACACCCAGGGGCGAGAGGUAGCGCCCAACGAAGCCCGACGCACGGACCUCGUCCUUCGCAUGCGGCGGAGAACAGGGCGUCUCCGGCGACAGACACAGAGGAAACAAACCACUCAGGCGUGACCUCCGGUGGAGAACAAGCAGCAGUCAGUGGCGAGGAACUCUUCGUCUCACAAAGAAAAGAGCGGGAGGAUCCUGCAGCCACUCAGGAGGAAGCCUCGACAGGCCUAGGCCGCGGCGAGGCGAGUUCCGCUGGUCCGCUGAGCUCGCCUACGGCUGCAGCAUUGCCAGCCGACGAGGCGGGCACUGCGUCAUGCACAGCGGCUUCGUUUCCCUGCGUCGACCGUGCCCCAGGCUUGGCAGACUCCGUGGAAGGCGCCAGAAGCUCCAGCACCCCUGAGGCCUCCAUACCCUACGCAGAGCCUUCUUCGCCUUCUCCUCUCUCUUCUGGAGCACAUAUAGAAGAGUCUGCCUUGUCAGAGACCGGCAGGAGGCCCGACGAUGCCUCGCCCUCGCGCGAAGGCGACCCCCCUUGGUCGUCACUCUCGGAAGGGCGACCAGGUCACCUAGACGCCGUGGGGUGUGUUUCCGCCGCACACAGUGAAUUGAAUUCAGCGACCCCUGACGCGCGCGCGAGUGAAGGAUCAUCGGAUGGCGUGGAUGCCCCAGUUCGCGACCCUCCUGAAGACACGUGGGGAGACUCUGUGCGGCCAGCUGCGUCUCCGCCUUCGCCGCCCUUGAGCCUUUCGCGUGAAGAGGUGAAGAAGGAGAAGCCUGAAGAGAAAGGAAGCAACGGAGGCGUGCUGGACGUCAGCACCCUUUUUUCUGCAGUUGAGGCGGCUGUCGCGGGUCAGGACCUCUCGUGGGAAUCCCUCCAAGCGGCCGUCUGGAGAGAGAAAGCUGCGAGUCAGGAGAGGCCGAAUGAAAGAGGGAGCUCUGUUGGCAUGCAGAACUCGUCGCCUGUGAAGACCGAAAGGCGAGUCAAGUCGGACCCAGUCGGAGACGAACAGAGAGGAAGAGGGGAGAGAGAGAACUCGAGUGAGCGGAGUGGAGUCCUGUCUUCCGGAGGCCAAAGCGAGGAAAGAGGUGACGCAGGUCGCUCCUGUGAGACUGUGAGAAGCGCCCCUCCGAGGGAACCAAGUGCAGUGUCUGCCUCAACACCUCUCUCGGGUGCUUCGCCCCCGUCUGCCUCGGUCUCCGCGCCCUCCAGCUCUUUCGCUGCGCCCUCGUCUCCGCUGCGUUUUCACACUUCUUCGUCUGCGGCGCACGCCUGCGGCUCGCCUUCGUCCUCUUCUUCCUCUUUCUCUUCGUCCUCCUCGCCGCUGCGCCGCUCUGCGUCGUCUUCUUCGUCCUCCGGCCCCCGCGCCGAUGCUGCCGAGGCGCCGUCCUGCCCAGAGGAAGAAGGCUUUGCGGCCUACUGCCGCCACGCGCGCUCGGAGACGCUUCUCCUCCUCGCGCCGAGCCUCGACGAGCCUGACGCCGCUCUGCGGGAGUGGUGUGAGGCUCCUGCGACGAAAGCCCAGUCCCGCAUUUUCCUUGUCCCCCCGUCCUCCGCUGCAGAGCUCGCUGAGUCGUCUGUGUCUCCGCCCUCCUUCUCAAGACACGGAGCAGCGCCCUGGCGAAAUCCAGCCCACGGAGAGUCCGCGAGCAGCAGCGGCCCCGCGCCACCGGCGUCCAGCGACGGCCGCUGCCCGUGCUGCUCAGAGCCGCAAGCCGACGAGGGCGGAGUCUUCUCUGGAGGUUGGAGCUACGGAGGAUGCCCAACCUGCUUCAGAAACUGGCGGUGCGUCGUGGGGACCGCGAAGCCGCAGCAGUCCGCCACUGCCGCCGCCGCUCCCUCGGCUGCUUGCCCUGGCCGCUGGUAUAUUGGUCUGCGGAAGCCGUUUGAGAAGCGGAAUCUGCUCCAGACCUUUCUGCGGAAGUUCUGCGGCGACUUCUUGCCGUGGAACGCGGCGCGCAGCUGCUUCCUCGCGCCCCUGAGUUUCCUCUACGAACUGGGCAAACUCGGCGCGACUUACGAUUUCCCGAUCGAUGACCGCUUGCUGCAUCUCCUGCAGCGCCAGCUGCGGCUUCUGGCCUCGGCGGCGGGGGCCUCGAGCGCCCCACAGCUCGACGUGGGCGAUGCGUUCGGGGCGGAAGUGCUCCAGACGCGCAACGACUGGGCGCAGUGGCUUGCGGACGAGCUCGAGACCAUCGACGUGGAGGCCGUAGGCAGCGAGGCGUGGCGGCAUCGGCUCAAAGGCGUGCUGCGGAGGUCUCCCUUCUGGGGCUUCCGCAGGCUGUUUGUCGCCGUGCCCUACGCGCUGCGCCCACGCGAGGCAGCCAAGCGCCCCGAGGCUGCCGCAGCCGACUCGAGACUGUUUACGACGACGGUGACGACGACGGGAAGCGUCUGCUACCUCUCGGCUUCGCCGGACUUGGAGACGGGCGGCGGGCGGUUCGAGGCGCUUGUGCGGGAGGCUGCGGAGGGCUUGCCCGCGCUUUCCAGGGCGCGGCGCGAGAAGGCUGGAGACUGCGCGGCGUCGGCGCACUGCUGGGGGGCCGCGGUGAAGAACCGGGCGAGCCGCAAGAUCAGUCUGACGCCAGGGAGGUCGGGGAAGUACUUUCUCAUCGACAGACAGGAUCUGGGGCUGCUGCUGUCGCGUCUGAGCUCUCGGAUGGUGUCGCGGAAGUGGAUCGAUCAGGCGCUGGCGCCGGGCACGCAGCGCGAUGCUCAGGUCCUGCAGACGAUCUGCGGAGGGGCUCGGGACUCGGCGCGUGCCGCACAGCGACGCGCUGGGCUCUCGGAAGAGCGAGAGGAGGCCAGACACGCGAGGCGCGACCGCGAGUCUCGCUGCGAAGAGAACGCGGCGCAAAGCGCCGCAAGCGUGGCGCGCGGAGACGCCGCGGCCUCCAGGGGCUCUUCCUCGCACGCGUCGAGCUCCCUGCUCCGACAGUCGCUGUUCCUGGCGGACAGCGACGAGGAGGAGAAAGAAAACCGCUGCGACAGGAAGAGAAGCGCGCACGACAGAGCGAAGCGGCGCGAGGAGAAGAAAAGAAGGAGGUCAAGAGAGCGAGCGCCCGCGGAGUCGGAUCAGGACCGAGACUCCCCCGAACGAACUGUCGCACUUGCCCACGACGACGUCAGAGUAAUGCUGUUCACUGCCGUGGGAAAAACGGAAGAGUCAACAAAAAAACUCGAAGAUGAACUCGAAGUCCUUCUAAGCAAAGUGAGGCCGCCGCGUGCGACUUGGGACGCUGACGGGCGAGUCUCUUCGAACGGCCCUGGCACCGGCGGCCUGCGCCUCGUCCGGCGGCCUGGCGGCGCGGCUGAGUGGUCAUGCGUCGCCUUCCUCGUCGUACCAAAUCUGCCCCCGAAGCUGAAAAAGAAAGACGACAGAUCUUCUGAGAAGCACCGCGCGCCCGCCAGCGACCUGUGGAUCGACUUCUACAACCCGAAGCUGCUCUGCGGCCUGGUGGGCUGCGCCGUUCUAAUUGAGCGGCGCGUGCUCGACCAAGUGGAGAAGAGGCAGGCCUGGCCUAGCGACGGCACGCCUGCGAAAGCCGAGCUGGACAAACUUGUCGCGAAGUCGGAGGCGUCCAUCGGAGCUGCGCUGGGCUCGUCCUUCCUCACUGCAGACAUGCGAGAGCGGAAUGCCGAAGGCGGCCUGUUCAGAGACUACCGCUUCUACGUCUCCGGCGAUCGCGACAGCAAGGAACACAGGCUGUGCCGGCUGCUCAUCGAGCUCGGUAACGGGACGUUCGAGACGCGGCUCAAGGUCACCGACUACGUGGUCUUCUGCGACCAGUCCGAGAAGGACAUCGUGCACGCAGUGCAAAAGCUGCAACAACGAGGAGAGGUCAAGGUCCAAAACACGCUCGGCGACCGGCACACGAACCCCGUGACACCCAAGUUCAUCUACGACUGCAUCCUCGGCUGGGCGGUGACCUGCCCUAGCCGCGAGCGAGGCCACGUCCCCUUCUCGAAGUCGUCCGGCCGCGCCUAG